AAUAAUAAGUGCAUAACACAUCUUUCUCAACAAGUACGUUGUUGAGAGAAACUUUUGGUGUUUGAUGUCUUUCGUUUCUGUUUAACGGCAUGUCGCCAAGCUGGCAAAUUCAUAUAUAUAUAUUUGGUUCAUUUUCAGUCGGCUGCUGGGAUAUGGCUGUGUUUUUUCUCUCACAAUUACUGACUAACGCUCCCUAUUAUUUCCACAUACUUCAUUGAGCACAUAUUCUCCAUGGUAUCUCUUUCGUUGUUUGCCACCUUGGCUGUUCUCGGUCUUAUCAACGCUGAUGCUGCCCCUGAAACAAAUGACUCGCCUACCAACGUUGUCUAUGCCGCUAACUUCAACGAUGCAAUUGCUGGCUCAGUCAAAUUCUCAAGCAUAAACGGGACUGUCCUUGUGGACGUAGACAUCAACAAUUUACCUGCUUCUGGCGGGCCUUUCGCAUACCAUGUACACGAAAUGCCUGUUCCAGCAGACGGCAAUUGUGAAGGAACAUUGGGACACUUCAACCCAUACAGCGGUAUUCAAAAUGCUGGAUCUUUGGCCGAAUUUGAAGUCGGGGAUCUCUCGGGGAAGCAUGGGGUCAUAAAUGGCAGCUCUCUUCGUGAAAGCUACAGCGACCAGUUUAUUUCACUAAACCCCGGGAACAGGGCCUUUGUGGGAGACCGUUCGAUCGUUGUGCACUACGCCAACAUGACUAGACUCGCCUGUGCCAAUAUAGUCAGGGAAGACCUUGUUGCUCCAGUAGAAAAACGCCAAUUGCGGGUGAGAUAUUGAGGUGUUGUACGAAGACACUCAUUGGUGCUUCUUGAGCUAAUCAUCUGAUCAGUUCAAGGCAGUUUUUAAGAUUUCCUUCUCGGAAUUUGGUCGAUAUGUUUGUCGUUAUGUCGCAUACAAUAUGCUCCAAGAUAUAGCCA